AUGCCUACUCGCCGAGCCCGCAAAAACAACAAUGAUCAGCAACCCCAGCCUGCUGAUCCCCUGAACGCAAAUGUUUCACAUGCUGAGUUUUGGGUAGCUUUUCAGGUGAUAGCCAAGGUAGUUACUGCAAAUGUUCAGGAUAAUAAUCUGGUGAAUAAGAUAAGAAAGAGGGAUAGAGUGAGGGGUAGCAAGAGAGCUAGGUCCGAGCAGCAGGAGUACGGCCAAACUAGGUCCCAUGGGGGGAAUCGUACUCAGUUUCAGAACCGUUCAUCCCUGCCAGCACCAUCAUCCACUAGUGCCCUAGCACCUAGAGGCAGCUAUGCUGGUACGGAGAAUCUUUCUUUGCAUAUGGACUUCAUGGAUCAAGAUGAUAGUUGGAACCUUUUUAAAAGUGCAGCAUUUGCAAAUGAAGCAUUACCAUCCGAGUACGAGAAUAUUGGGAAACAAAUCGUAGAUGAAUGUCACGGGUUACCACUAACUAUAGUCGUAGUUGCUGGACUUCUCAAAUUUAUAAGGGCAAUAGAAGAUUGGAAAAGUGUUGCAAAAGAUGUCAAGUCAUUUGUCACAAAUGAUCCUGAUGAACGAUGUUCACACGUGCUUGGGUUGAUUUAUAAUCACUUGACCAGUGAUCUAAAAACGUGUCUUCUGUAUUUUGGAAUUUUUCUGGAAGACACUAAGAUUCCAGUGCGUUUGGUGAGGUUAUGGAUGGAUGACGGGUUCCUGAAUUUGCAAAAUGAAUUGGAAGGAGAGGCUGAGAAGUGUUUACAAGACCUUAUCGACAGAUGUCUAGUUCUCUUCAGCGAGAAAAGUCUAGAUGAAACAAAAAUUAGUACAUGUUACGUUCAUGAUCUAAUAUAUGACCUGUUCUUGAGAGAAGUUCAAAGGGGAAACAUUUUUACCACGAACGACAUUGUGUUUGAUAACUCAGAUGCAAAUCAUGAUCGUUCAAAAUGUCAGUCUCUCAGUAGGCAUAAACUGCAUCCCUUUAAGAGCUUCACUGGUGAUGAAAUUCAUGAUUUUCCCUAUGGUUUUUAUAGCACUCGUCAGUUGAGAGAUCAUAGCAACAAUGAUCCCUUGAAACGAACUCAUUCUAUUCGUAUUUCUGGUGGUUAUUUUUCAACUCUUAUUCUCAAGUCAGUGCUUAUUCAUUUCAAAUUACUCAAACUAUUGGACUUGAGUCACAUGAGGAUUGUUAGUUUCCCUCUACAGAUAGUAAGCCUCAUCUGGUUGAGGGAAUCAUCAAACAGAUAUGCAUUCAUUGUUGAAAGGAUUCGUCGAUCAGUUAUAACUUUUCCGAAGGAAAUUUGGGGACUAAUGCAAUUAAGGCAUCUCAAAGUGGAUAGAUUUAUUUUGCCAAAUCCUCCAAGUGUAUCUGUUGACAGAGUGAGACACUUGGAUUUUUCAAAUAUACAAACUAUUUCUUACUUGUCUCCACAUUGUUGCACGAAGGAGGUUAUUUCUGAGAUUCAAAAUGUUAAAAAGUUAGGAAUCUAUGGAAACCAGGAUGACUAUAAAACGAUCAUUCCAAGUGCAAAAUCUUUUCCAGCAACUCAAGAAGCUGAAGUUAAAAAGUACUGGAAAGCCACGGAUAACAAUUUUCCUGUCCUUGAGCGCCUCGUGCUUAAAGAAUGCAGUUAUUUGAAAGAGAUGCCCAUUGAGUUUGCAGAUAUCCACUCACUACAACUGAUUAUAUUAACAAGUUGUCUUCCGGAACUUGGGGAAUCUGCUGCACGAAUUCAAAAAGAACAAGAAGAGAUCGGAAACAACCCCGUGGAUCUUUUGGAAAAAAGAAGACAAAGAGAGGACAAGCAACAAGAGCAUUCAAUCGGUCUCUAUUCAAUAAUGGGAGUUUGA